AUGUCAAGAACAAACACGCUGACAUACAGUUUCACUAAGAUCUUUGGAGCUGCAUGGCUGCCAGACUUUGUUAUAGUGGAGAUGGUGAACGAUGUGCAGUUUGUGAGUUUCGACAGCAACACCAUGAAGCUAAAAUCCCACCACAACUGGAUAGAGAAGGGUGUUAGUCAGGAAGAGUGGGAGGCACAUACUUCACGUGCGUUUCACGAGCAGGAUUUUUUAAGAGAGAGGCUGGGAGCUGUGAUGAAGAAAUUUAUCCAUUCAGGAGGAGUUCACACAUUCCAGAGGGUGGCUGGCUGUGAGCUGGAUGACGACGGGACCUCACGGAUAUUUUAUCAGGAUGCGUACGACGGGAAGGAAUUCCUUAGUUUAGAUUUGGAGAGGGAGACCUGGAUUGCGGCCAUGCAACAGGCAGUCUUCUUCAAGCAGAUUUUACAAGCCAGUAAAGCUUACAUACUCAACAGUUACAAAGAGGAGUGUGUGUACUGGCUGAAGAGAUACCUGGAGAAGGGGAGAAACAUAUUCAAGAGGAGAGUCCGACCCAAAGUGAGGCUGUUGGAGAAGAAAGCUGUUCAACCUGCAGGGUCAGAGGUCACCUGUCACGUGACAGGCUUCUACCCUCGAGAUAUCGAGGUGACCUGGCUGAAAGAUGGGCAGGGUCCCCUGGAGGAGGGGGUGUGGAGUGGGGAGGUGCUGCCCAACCAUGACGGGACCUACCAGGUUAGAAAGACCUUGACCGUGAGCCCUGAGGAGCAGGAGAGACACAGAUACACCUGCCAGGUGGACCACGCCAGCCUGGGGGUGAAGAUAGCGAAGGAGUGGGGGACUGGUUCAAACACUGGGAUUAUCUUUAGUGUUGUGGUGUCUGCACUGCUCCUGAUCACUGUUAUCAUCGCCGGAGUUCUGAUCUUUAAGAAGAGACAAGCAGGUGUCAAGACCCUGGACUACACAGCAGCUCAGAGACUUCGCAUUCGUGCUUCUGUCCCAGACAGAAAACUCGUGUUUGUGGAAACUGAGAUGACCUGGUCUGAAGCUCAAAGCUACUGCAGAAAUAUGUACACUGACCUGGCCACUGUGAGCAACCAGGGGGUAGCAGAGCAGCUCUUAAAUAUCAGAGGAGCGUCUCUCAGUGAUGCUGCCUGGAUCGGGCUGUAUCGUGAUGACACGCAGAACUGGCAGUGGUCUAACAGCGAUGAUGUCGUUCGACUGGCGAUCUUCGACUGGAAGGCAGAGCUCUUCUGUGCUUCAGUCAGUUCACAGGGAGAGUGGGAGGAUAAAGACUGCUAUGAGGGGAAAGCUUUCAUGUGCUACAAAGAGACCAGCAACAUCACUGAGAGAUACACUCUGAUUGAAGAGCUGAAAACCUGGACUGAAGCUCAGCAGUACUGUAGAGAACACCACACCGACCUCGUCAGUAUAAAGAGAGCCAGUGAAAAUGAAGACCUAGUGAAGAAAGCGCAGGGCGUGCCCUUCUGGAUAGGCUUGUUCAACGUGCCCUGGAAGUGGUCACACCAGGGUGAUAACUACACAUUUCACACCUGGAAAAAUGGGGAACCAGACAAUGCGAAAGGCAUUGAGAGCGUUCACCACACUGACCACAUCAAUAUAAAGAGCGCCAGUGAAAACGAUGAAAUAGGGAAGAAAGUGCGGAUAGGAAACCAGCCCUUGUUAUUAAGAGUCUAA